AAUAGACUGCCAUAGCUAGAAGGAGGACAGCUUGACCUCUCUGGCAAGAUGAUCAAAUCUUUCAAGCAAACGUUUCUGUCCCUGGAUCUGCAGUCCCCACGGUGGAGCUCAACAGAAACAACGGCAAAGGACUACGAACUACGUCAGUAUGAUACAGCCAAGUGGGUCAGCACAGUCAUUAGGGGAGAGACACAGAAGGAGGCAAUGCGCCAGGGCUUCUGGAAACUCUUCCACUACAUCCAAGGGAAGAAUGAGAAAGAAAUGAAGAUUGAUAUGACUGUGCCAGUGACAUGCCUGGUAAAACCUGGCUGCACAGACUUCAAGAUUUCUUUCUUUUUGCCAUAUGAGCAUCAGGACUCCCCCCCACAGCCCACAGACGCAGAUGUGUUCGUUGAAGAGCGGAAGGCAGCAGCCAUCUUUGUCCGGUCCUUUGGUGGAUUUGCCUCCCCAGAGAAAUAUGCUGAGGAAGCUGAAGUCCUGUCCAGAAUCCUAAGAAACAGAGGCCAACCAUUCCAUGAAGACUUCUUCUAUACUGCAGGCUAUGACAGUCCCUUCAAGCUCUUUAACAGGCACAAUGAAGUGUGGUAUUUUAAAAAGUAAUGUGGUGUGGGGGAAUAUCAAGAGGCUACUAAUCAGCUCUGGAAGAAAACAGAUCUUAUUAAUGGCUUUUGCUUUACUGCAGAAGAGGUUUAAU